UAGAGUACCACCGUUACAUCUUUUCUCCUCCAAAACACGGCACGCGUCGAAGCCGUUCACGCGUAGCUGCCACACGAAUCGCUUCUUACGAUAUACCCUGCCUCGCACUUCUCAUUCCUGGGAAUCUGCUGCCAUCCAUGGAUCGCAACAGCAGCUUCGGUUGCACGCAGUCCCGCUCGCACGUCUGACGCCCACACGGCCUUGAAAGAACGGCCUAAUGAACUUACACGUCGUCUAUCAUGACAGAUUCCCGCGAACCUCCAUUUGAGGAGGUGUUUCUGCUUGUGCGCAAUGCCCAAAAGAACCUUGUUACAAAAUGCGCCGACCGGACCGUAACGAACUCGGAUUUGACGGCUCUGUUAUCAAAGUGAGCUCCGCAGUCGGUUUACACUAUUGUGUUCUCACUUACGCCUUCAGAUAUCGCGUCGAUUGUGAGAAAAUCAUAUUCAGCAAUUUCGUCCUCGCGACCGAAUAUAAUAUCGAGGUGCAGCUCUGGAACACACAUAUCUCGGUCAAUGACCGCUUCAGAAAGCAGGUGAAAAGGCUACGAGAAAGCGGAAACAACCUCAUCGUGGAGAGACGUAAACUGCUUAAGGAAUAUCUGGAAUUCAUCAAAUCCAGCCAGUUGUUCUACCGCUCAUACAUACUUCGCUUGGACCAGAUAUAUGGUGGCAUCCCAGCUAUUCGGAAAGAGGCGCAAAACUGGAAGCAUGCAGAUGUCAAGGCUACCUCCCUGGGAGCGCCAUCCGCAGAACUCCGAAGAUCUUUAAGGAGAUCAUGUUACUUCACGCUCAUACGCCUCGGAGACCUAUCCCGGUAUCGAGCAUCUGACAUAGAUCAGAAGCCGAACUGGAGCCCAGCUGUUGGAUAUUAUAAUUUAGCAAUUGAGGUCAACCCUGAUGCCCCCAAUGCGCACAACCAGCAGGCUAUCAUAUCUCGCUCCGAGAACGACCAUUUCAGAACUUUGUAUUACCUCUACCGAUCUGUAUCCACCAAGGAUGGUCCCGAUGCUGCCGGCAAUAUGGCUGGCAAUCUUACAUUAGUUUUCAAAAAAUUCCGAACUGCAUGGGAAAAAAGGGAGCCGAUACAUAGUCGAACAACACGAGACGGUAACCCGGCUGUUCGCGCUUUAGUGGCUUGGUUCAUCCAUUUGCACAGCAAAUGUUACGCUGGCGAGGACUUCAAUGAACACGAUGAGUUAGAGAGUGAAGUGACGAGCCAGCUUGCGGUCCAGAUCAAAGAGAGACCGCUAGAGGGCAAUUUACACAAAAUGGUACUUAUUAACAUGUCCGCGGAAUACUUUGCGACCACAAAACUCAAGGAGUCAAGUCCAUCUAUCUAUAAGGCAUAUUUUCUGUUUCUUCGACUCAACGUCAAGACCUUCUUCACUCUACUGCAGACACUACAGUCAGAAUUAGAACGUCUGAACGAGGGCAGUGGGCGCCAAGACGUCAAGAGUCACAAUAGCUCAGGUCAACAGAGGCUAUCCGACAGAAUCACGGUCGUUGCGAAAAGGAUCCUGCCUGCUGUCCGCCUUUAUAGCGUAUGGUUUCGUCGGAAUUGGGCGAUCUUAGAAACAAGGAUUGCGGACUUUUCUAAUUCUACACUGACUGAGGUCGACGUAAGAGAGCUGUUCAAAGCCUACACUAGCACAUUGACCCUCUUAACGUCCGCAUUCCCGGUCGAGGAGCUGCCCGGCGCUGCAGAAGAUUACCUCCUUGAAGAAGACGCCGACACGAUUGGAUAUGCACCUUUGAUUUCCACUAAGACCAGCAGAAACUGGUACAAGAACGACGAAUUGAAGAAGAAGUGGUCCGAUUCAGGGGUUGAGCGACAUCAUCCAAAUCAAGAAAUGUUGACAAGGAUCCGUGAUCUACUUAUUGACGGCCUUGAACUGGCACAGGAAAAGAACGCGCCUAUAGAUGUCGUCGAUCGAAGAUUUGUUUACCGUGAGGCUGGUGUUCCCUCAGAACAGCUUGCCAGCCCUCAUAGCAAAGCUGCGACUUCCCCUGACAUAAUGAUCGACAUCAAUGACAUUCCGCGACCCUUGGGAGGACCGGUGUUAGCGGACGACCAAGCGUCUCAAAGCGUAGCUCCUUCAGAGACCACUUCCGCGGUUUUGUCAAAAGAUACUGCAAUGAAUCGGAUGGUGGAUAAUCUAGUGGGUAGUGGCGUCGGUGAUGAUACUCUAGAAUCGCUUCAGGAGAUUGAUGAGAAUUUGCCUCCAACCCCACCGGCGCAAACCUUCCAGGACACGUCGCUCGUGAACAGCCAUAGUUACGGCAUGACGCCAAUCACAGCCCGCGAUUUAGUAAACACUGGAGACAGUUAUUCGCGUCUUCACGCCGGUACCGACCCUGUACAAUUGUCGACCAUAAAGAAGACACCAGGCUCCCCGUCAGUUCGUCAAGUUCAUGCUCUUCCUUCGCUUCCAGACCAGUCUGGAAUCUGGAACCCCACCUACCCGAUGUCCAAUCCUGGCUCUCCGUAUCUUGGAAAUGCUACUGGUCUUACGUCUCGUAAUUCGACGACAAGCUUGAAUGCGUUCCACCGUAGUUCGCAUUCUCGCAACCCGUCAACGAACUCCAACGCGUACGGCCCUGCUUAUGACCCCUGGAGCAGCUCCGUCACUUUACCCCAGACUUCUAGUACUGCGAAGCUAAAUGGUGGGAACCAGCAAUUUGGCAAUUAUGCUAAUGGCUCCCCAAAUCCCCAGUAUGAUCCUGCUAUGGCGAGUUCAUUCCUGUUUGGACAUUCAGCCUGGAGCAGUCCGGCAUCUGGUGCCGAGCGACAGAGAAGAUCGCUUGGACGGACACCUCCGAAUGGCCAAGGCGGGUGAGAAGCUUCGUAUCGAAUGUGUGUUGAACAUCAUAAGCUAUAUAGCCUCGCGCCGCCAUGCUCUCGUGUACUCUGGUUCGACUAUCGUGCUCAUGACACACCAGCCUGUCGUAUCUCCGAGCAACGAUUCUAUCUGUGGCUGUGUUUUAUGGGCCACUUCCAAGACCUACCUCGUGUCUGCGGAUUAAAUAUUCGAGAUACUGAAGCUUCGGGGAGCCAUUGGCAUGCGACGCCGCGAUCGAAUUUUAUGAUCGUCCGAGGUCGUUCCUUGGGAUAUCCGACCAUGUCGCAAGCAAUCAUCGUA